GUUUGAUGACGUAAUGUUGAUUGUCAAACGCGAAAUGGCGAGCGUGCUAAGAGGCCCGUUACCUACAGCUCUCUGCGGUUUUAUAAUGUUUAUUUAUUUCAUCUUUCGUUACCGAAAGGAUUAUAUUCAUGUGUCAUAUCUUGAGAAAAAUAAGGAAAGUAAUGGCGGCGGAGGUGGAGGUUGAGAUUGAAGGAUGCAAUGAGUAUCCUGCUCAUUACAAAGUCAUGAUGGACAAACUUAAUGAACAGCGGCAGCUGGACCAGUUCACAGACAUUACUCUGAUUGUUGACGGGCAUCAGUUCAGAGCCCAUAAAGCAGUGUUGGCAGCAUGCAGUCAGUUUUUCCACAAGUUCUUCCAGGAUUUUACCCAGGAGCCACUAGUGGAGAUAGAAGGAGUGAGUAACACAGCCUUUCGCCAGCUGAUGGAGUUCACAUACACAGCAACAUUAGAUGUGGGUAAAAAGGAGGAAGCUGAUGUGUGGAAGGCUGCUGAAUAUCUACAGAUGCAGGAAGCCAUUAAAGCACUCAGCAAGAUGAAUGACGAUUCCUCCUUGACAGCAAAGAACAAAGGCAAAAAGAGGAAGAUUGCUGAGACAUCAAAUGUCAUUACAGAAAGUCUUCCUACUGUGGAGGGAGAGCAGGUGGAGAUUGAGGUGAUAGGAGAAGGAGUCAUUGAGGUGGAGGAAGCAGGACUGGAGGAGGUGGUUGAUGCAGCAAAGAACGCUCAGGCCUCAGACGACUCUGCUUUGGCUCUUCUGGCUGAAUUAACCAGCAAGUAUCAGCAGGAAGAAUCUACAGUACAUAUCGUCAAAAAAGGGGAAAUUGAAGAGGAGAUGGUGUACCAGGAGGAAACAGUGACAGCGUCCAAAGUGCUGGAGAAUGUCGAGUUGGUUGAAGUCCAGAUUUCCCAAGUAGACAACAUGUUCCGCUGCAACAAGUGUGAUCGGGGCUUCAAGUUGUACUAUCACCUCAAGCAGCACUUAAAAACACAUCUGGGCUCACUGGAAAAACCCCAUGUGUGCAAUCACUGUGGAAAAGCUUACACACGGGAGGGGGCCUUGAAGCAGCACAUCAGUACGUUUCAUUUCGAAGCAGAGGAGCUGUCCCGAAGCCAGAAACCACAGAAGAAAGUGCACAUAUGUGAAUACUGUAAAAAGCACUUUGACCACUUUGGGCACUUUAAAGAACACUUGCGAAAGCACACAGGGGAAAAACCUUAUGAGUGUCCAGAUUGUCAUGAACGAUUUGCAAGGAACAGCACACUGAAGUGCCAUAUGGCAGCCUGUCAGAAUGGGGCUGGAGCCAAGAAAGGGCGAAAGAAAGUCUAUGAAUGCCAGGUCUGCAGCAGUGUGUUCAACAGCUGGGACCAGUUCAAAGACCACCUUGUGAGCCACACAGGAGACAAGCCCAACCACUGCACCAUGUGUGACAUGUGGUUCACACAUCCAAAAGACCUUAAGGUCCACCUCAAACAAGUCCAUUCCAUUGAGGACAAAAAGUCAACUGAAGAACUGGUCAUCGCUGACUCUGCUGCCACAGCAGCCAUCGCCAUCGCAACACAGAGCGGUGAAACAGUGCUGCUGGACGAUGGAAUCCAGGUGGAGCACAUGACUAUGGAGCCCGUCCAUGUGAUGGAGAUGGAGGAGACCACGACAGUCGUGAUGGAAGAUGGAGGGGUGACAGAGAUGUGUGAGGAAGAUGUGGAGAGACUAAAGCAGGCUGGGGUACAGAUCCAGGUGGUUCACGUGACGACGACUGAGGUCGACGAGCAGCAGGUGGUGAACUCUCAGGUGGAAGUGGAGGUGGAUGGUGAAAUGGUGAAUGUUGAGGAAGCAGUGGAGGCACAAGCUGUGGUUGUAUGAGAACGUAGCAAAGACUAUCACAAAUAAGUCACAGGAGACCUUCUCAGUUAGCUGGCAUGUGUUUUGAUAAAGAACAAUGGGAUAGAGCAUGCCACAAGUCCUGCAUUACAUGAAAUAACUUGGUUCCCAUUACUAUUUGUCUUUGACGACAGAGCAAUAGACUAAUUUUGAAACGUCAGAUUUCCUUGUUAUAUUUCUGUAUUUAUUUUUGAGCCAGUUGCUAUCAUACCACAUAUCCUUGGUGACCUCACAGUGCUUCAUCAGUCUCUUUUCAUGUGUCUUUUUCCGAGUUUAUAUUUUAUGUCAUGUAAAUUUUUUUUCGUUCUGAUUACUCAGCAAGACAAUAAGAGAAUAAAUGCAAUAUGAUAUAAUCCUGUUGCAGCUCAUUAAACUGCUGAAUUUCUGUAGAGACCAUGAUGCAUGUCAUCUUGUUAAGCUUAUUUUGAUAUUCACUUUGAUGUUUUUGCAGAAAAUAUUGCAAAUAUGGAAGUAAAUUGUUUCCCAAAAUGA